AUGCCUUCUAAGGCAAUUUCUAUUUCUGCUUUUAUGCUGCUAACUACUGCUGCUAUUGCUGCUGCUAAUGCUGCAAAUAAAUGCCGCCAAGCCGCCUGCCCAGUCGCCCUCGCCCUUGCUCUCGCCCUCGCCCCCGCCCUCGCCCUCGCCAUUGUCGUCGUCGUUGUUGCUGUCGCCGCCGCCGCCGCUACAAUCGUCGUCGUCGUUAUUAUCGUCGCUGUUGCUGCCGCCGCCGCCGCUAUUGUUGUUGUUAUUGUCGUUAUUGCCGUCGCCCCUGCCCCCGCCCCUAAGCUCCUCCCCCUCUCUCUCUCUUUCUAA